GUGACCACCCCAGCAUGCCAGCCUCACCGCCACCCCCAGACCCUGAGUUCGUGCUUCGAGGCACCCAGUCUGCUGUACACUCACUGCAUUUCUGCACCGGGGCCCAGGGGCAGGGGCAGCCCCUGCUCCUCUCAGGGGCCCAGAACGGGCUGGUGCACAUCUGGAGCCUGCAGACGCGGAGGGCGGUCGCCACCCUGGAUGGCCACGGGGGCCAGUGUGUGACCUGGCUGCAGAUGCUGCCGCCUGGCCACCAGCUUCUCAGUCAGGGCCGGGACCUGCGGCUGUGCGUGUGGGAGCUGGCGGAGGGCAGGAAUGCCGUGGUGGACUCUGUGCGCCUGGAGAGCGUGGGCUUCUGCAAGAGCGCCAUCCUGGCCGGCAGCCCACAGCGCUGGACCCUGGCCGUGCCAGGGCAAGGCAGCGAUGAGGUUCAGAUUCUGGAGAUGCCAUCCAAGACGUCGGUGUGCAUCCUGAAGCCGGAGGCAGAUGCCAAGCCAGGCAUGCCCAUGUGCCUGCAGCUGUGGCAGGCUGACUCCAGUCCCCGCCCGCUCCUCCUGGCCGGCUACGAGGACGGAUCCGUGGCCCUGUGGGACAUCCCCCAGCGGAAGGUGUGCAGCCGCCUCGCCUGCCAUCCCGAGCCCGUCAUGGGCCUCGACUUCGACUCCCAGCAGGCCAGGGGCGUGUCGGGCUCCGCGGAGAAGGCGCUGGCUGUCUGGAGCGUGGACGAGCGGCAGGCACUGCAGGUGUGCCGAACACAGCAGAUCACCAACCCUGGCAUCGCCGACGUCAAGAUCCGGCCGGACCGUAAGAUCCUGGCCACUGCGGGCUGGGACCAUCGCAUCCGCGUCUUUCGCUGGAGCACAAUGAAGCCCCUGGCUGUGCUGACCUUCCACAGUGCGACCGUCCACUGUGUGGCCUUCGCGGAUGAUGGCUUGCUGGCCGCGGGCUCUGGGGACCAGCGCAUCAGUGUCUGGUCACUCUACUCACGCACGUGAUUGGCCAGCCCCUGCGGACUCGAAGGACGGGUGCUGGGCAGACACCUGAGGACACCUGACAAACCCGAUUCACAUCACUGGACCGCUCACCCUCUGAGGGCUGUUUGCUUUUGUAGAAAUGACACAGCUGCAGGACAGUGACCGUUUAUUAAGGACAGCUGAGCCGACGCAUGGGCACCUGCAGUCCCGGUCAGGGGCCGAGCUGGGGUUUCUGGACAAUAAAUUUUUACUCGCA